CUGUGGAACAUUUUAGAGAUUGACGACUUCCAAACACUCGGCAUUGCACCAUACACUCAGCCAUGGCAGGAGGGAAGCAUACUCUCCUCAUUUGAACGGAUACCAAACAUAUUUGGAAGACUAGCCUACACAGGAAGAAUAUUGAAUAUCGAUAUGGAGACACGAAAGAUAACCUACACGCAACCAUGCAACUGCCCAUUUCAAGCAAGAAAUGGACGAGAGGUCUAUGCAGCACUCAAAGCUCCAAGAUUGAUGAAACAAAUAUAUCGCAAUGGUCGUUUAUGGAUCGUUGCUGAAACUAUGGCUCAUAUGGGUGUAGCCGUUAGUAUUUGGACUGUUUUCAACCAUACAUGGCAGUACAUUAUGGAAAUAAAGGCUAACUAUCGCGACAUCACCAUGGAUGUAACCGGAAGCGACACAGCAAUUGUUCUCAUAAAAGAACCUCUAAUCGAUGAUGCAGCUUUUACUAAAGUAAAAGUGAAAAGUUUACUGAUGCUAAGACUUGGGAGCGUUCCACGACUGACCACAAUUGCUCUGUUUGAUGUGCUUGAUGGACCGUACUCUCAUGAACUCGAUGAGCAUCUGCGAUUGAUGUUAGAAAAACGUUACAAUUGA